AUGUCCAGCUGUGGCAAGCRUCCCCCACUCUCCGGAGAAGGGGCAGGCUCUAACUCUCUGGCAUGGGUCAAGCUCUUCAAAAAGCCUGGAGCUGUUGGUGGUGGUGGGGGUCUGGGGAAGUCUUAUCAGCCUGGGAGCAUGUUGUCUCUGGCUCUAACCAAAGGCCUGCUGAACGAACCAGGCCAGAAUAGCUGCUUCCUCAACAGUGCCGUACAGGUACUAUGGCAGUUGGACAUUUUCAGGAGGAGUUUGAGAKAGCUUCCUGGUCAUUUUUGUCUAGGGGAUGCCUGCAUUUUCUGCGCUUUAAAGAGUAUUUUCAGCCAGUUCCAGCAGAGCCGAGAGCGAGCGUUGCCUUCGGAUAGCCUGCGCCACGCCCUCGCCGAAACCUUUAAGGAUGAGCAGCGCUUCCAACUUGGCCACAUGGACGACGCUGCAGAGUGCUUUGAGAACAUUCUGGAGAGGAUUCACCUGCACAUAGUUUCUGACACGGCGACUGAGGCCUGCACAUCCAAGUCCUGCAUUACCCACCAGAAGUUUGCCAUGACACUUUAUGAACAGUUUGUAUGUCGUAGUUGUGGCGCCUCGUCGGACCACCUUCCUUUCACAGAGUUAGUGCAUUAUGUCUCCACCACAGCCCUAUGCCAACAGGUGGACCACGUCUUGGGGCAGAACGACAGGCUUCGGUCGGACAUGUUCGGGGAAUUGCUGCAGGCGGCAAGCACCAUCGGUGACCUACGGAACUGUCCGAGCAACUGUGGCCAGAGCAUCAAGAUCCGUCGGGUUCUCCUGAACCGCCCAGAGAUCGUCACCAUUGGCUUUGUGUGGGACGCAGAGCAGUCUGACCUUACAGAGGACGUGGUGAGGUCACUGGGUCCACAUCUCAACCUCUCGGGGCUGUUCAACCGGGUAACUGAUGAGAACGCCAAAAGGAGUGAGUUACAUCUCGUGGGAAUGAUUUGUUUCUCCAGCAAACAUUACUCUGCGUUCGCUUAUCACACCAAGUCCUCAAAAUGGGUCUUCUUUGAUGACGCCACCGUGAAAGAGAUCGGAUCCAAGUGGAAAGACGUGGCCUCUAAAUGCAUCCGGGGACAUUUCCAGCCACUGCUCCUGUUCUACACUAACCUAGAGGGGACCCCAGUCUCCAGCGAUGACGCGCCCAGACAAACGAUUAUGUGUCCCCGCUUCAAGGCUCACGUCAACGGGGAAGUGCCAGCAGGGAUGAUGAAGUUGGAUGCCGUCCGGGAGAAUGCAGGCCCAUUCCGCUCCAACCAGGGGCCCUAUAAACAGAUGCUACUUCCACCCUCCACCUCAGGCUACAAAAGAGUGAAAGGCCCACCUUGUAGUCCCAACAAAUUCCGGGUUCCUUCCAAGGAGACUUCCCAGAGGGUUGUAGAGGGGAUAAAGAAGGAGGCCGAAAGAGGCCGUCGAAAAGCAGAUCCACACAAAGAUAUGGUCUAUGCAAGAUCCCCUUCUGAGGACGGGCUGAGGCAGCACGCUGACCAGAGGUUGCGAGGCGGCAGUGGAGCCCGGGCUGACAAGUUGUCCUCCUCCCACCAGAGCAGAGCUUCCCAGGACCCACACUCUCAAUCCGGUGCCCUUGGCGGACAKAGUUGGAGACAGGAAACCUCCCCUGGUCGCCAAGAACAGGACGGCAGCCAGGACGCGUGGGAUAAGGGCAGCAGGUCAGGAGCGGGCAGUAACAAAGCCAAGCCCUCCUGGAGGCCCAUCCGGGAAGUUCUGAAUGUGGACAGCGUCUUGAAUGACCUUGAACGGCGACAACAACAGCAGCACUAUGUCGGCGGUGGUAGCCCCCGGCUCGCUAAACCCUUCUGUCAGGAGAUCCCGCACGCCAGCGAACAGGACAACCGGGACUGGGAUAAAGAGCGGAACAGGGAUAAAGAGCGGGAACGGGACCGUCUCAGGAUGAGGGAAGAGUGCAAGCAGCAGAAGUGCUUGAUGACGAUUUACGAGGACGAGCAGCGGCAAGAGACAGGGAGCCACAGCUCCCUAGAAUCGGAGGGCAGGGCAAGUGGGCACGGCGACCGGGGCGGUGGAGGGGGUGGAAGCAGUGGGAAUAGGGCCAAGGGCGGGCCCAAAGCCCUGUUGCGCAGCGACACCUGGACCAUCCAGAGGACUGAGUCGGGAUACGAGAGCAGCGACCGGCUGAGCAGCGGCUCCACCAACCCUGACUCACCCGGGGUGGACAAUUUUGCCGGGAAGGAGCAGCGGUUGACACCAGAGGUGCAGUCUCAGAGGUAUGAUGGCAGACUGGGGUUUAAACCCAGAUCUAGAGACCGGGCUUUAGCCUGCUGA